AUGGAUUUCUUCAAGAAUCUGAUAGCCUCUCCUUCUGCACCUCCUCCAGAGCCAGUGACCGUCAUGGCCAAAACGAUCCAUCCCUAUUAUCCCACAGAGAUUGACAUCGCCAACUUCGCUGCCAACGAAAUGAGCGUUCCGCAGUUAUUAGCAACAUUUGCCGCUGGUUGUACAAUCAUCCUCUCACUCACAUGGUUCCUUACGUCGAGUCUUGCACCACGCCUCAGAGUCGGGGAAAAGGCCACUGUGCUGUGGUUUUGCUUGUGCGGCUUCAUUCACUUAUUUUUCGAAGGCUACUUUGCCUACAACCACACUCGCAUGGGCGGUCUCCAAGAUAUUUUUGGUCAACUGUGGAAGGAGUACUCUCUGUCAGAUUCGCGAUAUCUGACAUCGGAUCCCUUUGUCUUGUGCAUGGAGACCAUCACGGCGGUCUUCUGGGGUCCUCUUUCCUUCUUGAUGGUGUAUUUCAUCAUUGUCUCACACCCUCUGCGUUAUCCCCUCCAGGCUAUCGUUUCACUCGGACAGAUCUAUGGCGACAUCCUCUACUUUGCGACCUCGAUGUUCGACCACUACCACAAAAAAUUGACCUAUUGCCGACCUGAGCCUUACUAUUUCUGGUUCUAUUACUUCCUCAUGAAUAUCUUCUGGAUUGUCAUUCCAGCAAACUCACCCCAUCCCUCUGGGCUCUACGAAUCGCCAUCUGUUCAGGAUCGCAUCCGACAAUGGCAAGCGCAAGGUGCAGCAAACGCCUUGGCUCCGGAUGCGGUAAGCGUCCGUUCGAUUCCCAUUUCCGAAUGCCCCUCCACUAUAUCGAAACCCGAGUCAGAACACGGAAACGAGUCCAAAGUUCGUGUUGGUGGAAGAAGCGGAGCAAAGAAUGAGGAGGAUCAGGACAGGGGCCGGAGCUCCAGCGCUCCGCGAAGGCGCAUCAUUAGCGAUGGCCACUGGAAGACACAGAAGCAGACGAAACAGGACAAGGACGCAAAGGUUGCAGCAGACCGACGAGCGGAAUCACGCGCGUAUGACCUCUCCUACACGUCAAACCAAGAAAAGAGCAAAGUGAAACGACAGUCCAGAAUGCAGCAACGUCCGAGGGUCGGUCAGAGCGCGGAACAAACAUCGCCAUAUGAUGACGGCAUCAGAGUGGCACCAAUUCCGGACGAUGGCCAAGUACGAGAGGAGGGCUUGCAGCCAGCUUACGACCUGGAGAGCCGAGCGGAUGAAGAGCUUGCUCGACACUUGACUACGGAUUCUGUUUUCUCUGGAGAUUUUGGGGGAGACUCACACGAACCAACAGGGCGGGAGGAUGAUGUACCUGGCGACUGGAGACCCAGCAAAUACGCAGAGUUGCUCGGAAGGACCGGGGAUGAUUCUUUGGACGGAGAAGUGCCAAAAUCCAGGAAAGGUGGACUAUUGGGCAAGACCAGAGGCAUGUUCAUUAAGUCAGAGACUAUGUCUCCUGCCAGCAACAGACUGCCCAGUAUUGAAGCAUGGCUUGAUGAGCAACCCGAUCCGUUCACCGACAAGGACGGCGUGGACGAUCUGCCACCGGUCGAAAUGCCACAACCCUUGAGGAAACGUGCGCACCGGAAGCGACCCUCCACAGAGAAGUCUAUCGCGCCCGAUCCCAAUCAGAUAUGGGAUUCCAUUUCACCAGAACAGAACGAGCCUAGCCCCCUCGAUACACCAAGGCGCGAUGGCUCGGUACCUUCGUCAAAUGCUAACCCACACUCCUCUUCAAGACUUAGCGAUGCUGUGAAUGAGGCACAGGAUGCAAAUGAUGGCUCGCCGUCCAACCUGCGAAGGAGAGGUGCAAGAGUUCGCCGCCAGCGAGGCGCGGUGAGGAAGGACAUCAUACCAGGGGAAGGCCGCCCAGAGCCUGCCGCCUCGCUGGCAGAAGGUCCCCCAGCUGAGAAUACGACCAAUAGAGCCCCCGGCCUCCCGCAACGACCGUGUCCCCCUACAGGUGGGCAUCAACUUUCAACGAUCCAGUCUGUGGAGACUCUCAAAGAAAUUAAUCAACAGCUGCAGGCAGAGGAAAAUUUUCCCGGAGAGGUCUGUGGCCUCAAACGCAAGCUAACCACUCACGAAGAUUUAAUGUCAGUUUUGUCGUUGCCGAGAGGUAGCCGCGCCCGUCGAUCGAGACGUAAUGCGAGGACUGCUCAAACAAAACCACCGUCGAGUUCGGCACAAGAGAUACUCGCCACCGUGGUGGCUGACGAAGAAAAGUAUGGACGGGAAUUGCGGACCUUGGUCGACGGUGUCAUACCGGUCCUGCUCCAAUGCCUCCUAUCUAAAACGGAUGCGGCGGCGGCGGCAGGCUUGUUCACAUCGGCUUCACAAGAUGGUGCGAGUAUCACCAGGCCCAUUAUCGACAUGGGGAUUGCCCUGGAAAGACUGAAGGCGCUACAUAAUCGAAUACCCUCCCAGAACCUGGACAGUCUUCUCAGCUGGGCCCAGACUUCGGAGAAGGCAUAUCGGGAUUAUCUACAAGCCUGGAGAUUGGGCUUUCAGGACGUGGUCGUGAACCUCGCCCCCCUAGAAACAUCAUCAGCCCAAGAGCAAGGGAUGGCCAGGGACGAGGCUGGUGACCUAGUUGACGAUGCAGGCAAGAAAGUUGACGUCGCAUAUCUCCUUAAAAGACCGCUUGUCAGAGUCAAGGGCCUGAGCAAGACAUUCAAUCGGAUCAAGGAUGAAUACGACGUGCCUCUUGCAGUACAGAUGGCCAAUACUUUCGCUGAUCUGACAGCACUUGCUAAGAGACGGAACCAAGAGGAACAAGCCAGGUUGGAAGAUGAGGCUGCUGCCAACAUUGACGCAACAAGAGCUCGUGAUAUCAGGUCAAUGGCAGCAUCAACCCACAUCACUAUCAACAAGACGCGCCGUGUCAGGGCGAGGGACGUCUUCAACCUUACAAUCUAUCAUUCUAGUGGACAAAGAAUGGAUUGCAGCAUUGAAUUGAUCUUCCGAGACAACGCCCGUGGCGAGCCAACUGGUGGAGAUGUCCUGGUCUGUGAAAUUGAUGAUACAGGGAAGUGGCUGCUCUUUGCUCCCAUUGAGCUGAACUCGAUAUCUGCCAGACGUGGCGAGGAUGGCUUCGAUCUUGUCCUCAUGAUUCGAGGUCGGGCAGGCAUAGGACAGGAAUGGCACGAAUUACUAGCCUUGAAGACGGACGAUAAAGAAGCUGUGGCAGAAUGGAUGGAUAUGCUUGGUUCGAACCCGCUGCCCCCAAGGCUGAACCGUACACCAAGUUUUGUGAGACGACCUUUACCUUUGGUUGUUGGACAAGCGGCUGCAGCUGAGUCUUCAGCGUCGAAACCCAUCACUCAGCAAGUCGACAAAAGCUCUGCUACUGCAACAGAGUAUCUGGAUGUUCCCAUUGGCGAGCCCUCUGUGCUAGGGACGCGGAGAGAGGAUUCCAGACCUUUGGUUGACAGAUCGUCACAGCGGCUAAAUCUAGGGGGUGGUCUUGCGUCAAAGCCGCUUCCACCAUACCCGCCUUCCUCGUCGAUUCCAAAAAGGCGUCCAGUUUCGGUCCCAUCAGUCUUGUCUUCCGAUCGAUCCACCAUUUCAGAUCGUUCCAUACGGGAUUCUGCUACCAUAUUCACCUCGUCAUCGUCCAAGACUGCGUCGACUAACCCUAGCUACCUGUCGAGUCAGUCCAAAAGCCCUGAGGCAUGGCGACCUCCUCAGCCUCCAUCUCACAAGCCCCUCGUUGAAGCAAGAGAUCAUGUCGAGAGCAGCAAAAAUGCUGGCUUGCAAAAGCUGAGUGCACCAGUCACUGCCAGCAGUGGUUACAACAGCCCUUCAACAUCACACGAGGCAUGGAAAUCGAGAGCCAGUGCGACGGAGCCCGCCUCAGGAGACUCACAACAUUCGCUGCCAGCGGCCAACAGUGACUCAAGCUCGUCCAAGCCUUCCGUAAAACCAUCACCCCAAAGACCAGAGUACCAUCGGGCAGUGUCCUCUACCCCGUCAAAAGAUCUGCCGACCGUCAACAAGCUUCGGACUCAGCAAGGUCCGGCAAGUCCUUUACCGUCCCUACCAGUGAGACAACCUCCAGAGACGCAAUCAUCAGCAGUUGCCUCUGAACAGCCACAGCAACGGUCGAAGCGGGAACACAAGGGUUCGCCCAGAAGCCGGUUGUAUACUGAAGAUAUUCCUGUCCCGCCAGUACUCAAAACACGUCAAGAUCGCCCUUCUCUACCCAGUUUUGGAACUUCGUCCCCGCCGACCUCGCCGCCUCAUAGUUCCAACGUCCUGCAGCCGAUAUCAAGCAACAGGCCCAGUCCUAUACUGAGACCUACUCCAAGUCCAGCAGAUAAGGCGGCAAGGAGGCGGACCUCCUCGCCCUUGAAGCACGAAUACGAACCAUCCACGAGCUCCGAUACUAGCGGAUAUGAUUCAGACAGUGACAGCAGUUCAUCUUCAGACACUUCCGAAGAUCCCUUGUCUGAGCAUGGGGACAUACCAACACCACUUGUGGCAAUCAGAGCGGGUGAAGGUCGAACUGCAAAACAGUCUGCACCUCCGCCGUCAAUGAAAUCCACUGGAACACGAACACUGGCUCCGUCGGACUCUGCUUCCCAGGGACCUUACCGGAAGGUUCCAUCAUCGACCACAAUCCCAUCAGAUAAGAAGGCGAAGACAAUAGCGUUGAUAUGCUCGUGGUCGGACAAGGGCAUGUGGGAGCAGAUUUAUCCUGAUGAGUGCUCCAUUGUCGUCUCGCCCGGUUUGAUCGAAGCUUUUGAGAUGUCGGCGGCUCAUUCUGACCCUCAAAAAGCUUCGGUCGGUCCCUCAUUUGAUAGUCACGGGCCAGGAAAGCAUUCAGUGUCCCCACAGCCCCUGGUCGCUUUCGAGCUAACGCCGAUUGUUCCACUACGCAGGGGAACUGCACUGGACAUUUCCAUACGGUCUCCUCCCACAGCGAACUCCAAGAUUCGAACCACUAAUAAUGUUAUGUUCCGAUCGCGAAAUCCUGAAGAAUGUGAGGCGCUGUAUGGAAUGAUCAACUGGGCUCGAUGCAACAAUCCUACAUAUCUCCAACUGCAAAAUGCACGCCCUCGACGCCAACCUUCAGUGACUUUCAAUGUUGGGGAAGCUCAACACAGUCGCUCGAGGUCAACUUCAUGGUUCAGCUUCGGGAGUCAGAAGAAAUCGAGUUAUCGGGCUUCAUCUGCUCCGACGCCCGCCUCAAUCGACAUGUCUGUGGAGAGCUCGGGAACUGUGACAAGCGCCUUCUCAGCCCUAAAGAGACUGGGCGUUAGUACCGCCUUCAAUCUCAAUCGAUCCUCGGUACUUCGCAGGAACGGUGGUCGCGGCACGGGAGAGUCCCUUUAUUCUUCUAGCAGUGGGACUGGAACAGGUUCGGGCUCAGGCACACCUCCCCCCAGUCAGCUUGGCUUCAUACCAGGAAAAGAUGGACCAAAUGUGCCGUCAACCAGUGCUGCUGCAGCAGAAGGAGGAGGAAUGGUCAACAAUAUGAAAAUUCGACUGUACGUCAGGAAGGGGCAGCACUGGGAGAACUUGGGAGCUGCGCGUCUUACAGUCCUUCCAGUACCGUCAGCAGCAGCAGCAGCAGCAGAAAGUAGCAAAUCAACGCCAAAUCGACCGGUGGUGACUCCAGGAGCAUCUCCACCACCGCCGACUGGCCCUCUCCGAUCUCCGUCAAAUGUUGCAGUCGGAGGUCAACUAGGGCAAACCCGUGGACCUCGCCUUCCAAGCUCAAGCCACACUCCACAUCGCGUGCAUGGCAACGGCCGCGAGAAGCGCAUUCUUAUUACUCAGAACAAGAACCGUGACGUUGUGCUUUUGGAUAGUGUGCUGGGCGAAAGCUGUUUCGAACGCGUUAUGCAGACAGGCAUUGCGGUGAAAACCUGGAGCGAAGACGAGGUCAUCGCCCACACAGGCGGCGUGACACUGGGCAAGGAACGGGUGUACAUGAUGCAAUUUCCGGGUACGAGGGAGGCAGGCUGGGUCUUCGGUCUGUGUGGCACGUAUCGAUAUGGCGUUGGUGCCAACGAAUAA